AUGAAAUUUGCCAGCCGCAUAGAGAAGGUUCCGCCGUAUCUGUUCGUGGGGAUAAGCCGAAAGAUAGCGGAGAAGAGGGCGCAGGGGAUAGAUGUCAUCAGCUUCGGCAUCGGGGAUCCGGACAUUCCCACGCCGGACAAUGUAGUCGAGAAGCUGCGGGAGACGGCGCUCGACAGCCCGAAUCACCGCUAUCCUGAGACGGACGGAUUGCCCGAGUUUCGGCAGGCAGUGGCGGACUGGUACCAGCGCAGGUUUGGCAUAUCGGUUCAUCCGGACAAGGAGACUCUGCCGCUCAUCGGGGCGAAAGAGGGGAUAGGUCACGCGGCGCUCUGCUUCAUCGAGCCGGGCGACAUCGCGCUUGUGCCGGACCCCGGCUAUCCGUGUAUUCGGUGGGCACAUGAACGGCUGGAUGCCGACCUCGACGCCAUACCGGACGAUGUCGCGGACAAGGCGACGGUGAUGUGGCUGAACUACCCGAACAACCCGACGGGCGCGAUCGCGGACGCCGACUACUUCGCCAAGGUUGUGGAAUUCGCCAAGGCGCACGACAUCGCCGUGAUGCACGACGCAUCGUACUCGGAGGUGGCGUUCGACGGCUACCGUCCCAUCAGUUUCCUGGAGACGCCGGGCGCGAUAGACGUGGGCGUGGAGUUUCACUCGCUGUCCAAGAGCUACAACAUGACAGGCUGGCGGCUCGGCAUGGCAGUGGGCAACGAAGACAUCAUCAGCGCGCUGAUGGUCAUCAAGUCGAACCUAGACUCCGGCGUGCCGAACGCCAUCCAGUACAUGGGAAUGGAGGCGAUGGAACUGUCGCAGAACGCGAUAGACGAGCGCAACGCCAUCUACGAACAUCGGCGCGACCGCGUAGUGCAAACGCUGCGUGACAUCGGGCUGGACGCCAUCCCGCCCAAGGCAAGCCUGUAUGUUUGGACGCGCAUACCGGAAGGGUUCACAUCGGCGGAGUUUACGGCGCUGCUGCUGGACGAGGCGGACAUCGUCGUCACGCCCGGCAACGGCUACGGGGAGUACGGCGAGGGUUACAUAAGGCUCUCGCUGACCAUCAAUGACGAAGACAUGGAGAAGGGGCUGGCGCGGCUUUCGGAGUGGCAGAUUCCGUCUAAAGAUUAG